UCAAUGCUGGCAGUCACGUCAAGACGUUGCAUCUGCAAGGAUGCAGAUCGUGGGUCUUUUUGUUGGCCUCUUGGCGGCUCUGGCUGUGGCAGAAAACGGAUGGCGUGUCAAGCAGGAAUAUGUGUACGCGAUCGAGGGCCGCAGCGUGGCGGGAAUUCCUCAGCUUAAACAUCAAUACGCGGGCAUGCAUUUCCGAGGCAAUCUCCGCAUUCAGAAUCAACACGCGGCUGUUGUUGUCAUGAAACUAAAAAACAUGACUUUCACCAAAAUUCACGCCAACAUGGGAAAGGGUUGGUGGCAUCCCAUUCCCAACACUGAAGAAGAGCUCAGCAGGUUCCAAGAAUUGCCUGAUUCGGGAGAACCCUUCAUAGCUCGAUUUGAGCAGGGAAAAAUUGUGAGGUUGGUCGUGAGCAGCAGAAUGCCAACUUGGGAGGUCAAUUUCAUUCAGUCCAUUAUCUCCCACCUUCAGCAGAACUUGGGUGAGCAAUCUGGAAGCAAGUUCAGAGCUAGCAAAAGUGAUUUGCAAGCUGAUGACAGUAUGUUCAACGUGAUGGAGGAUUCCAUUGUUGGCCGCUGUGAAGUGAUGUACGAAUUCAGUCCAUUGGCCAAAACUCUUGUCAACAGAGACAAUCCCCAGUGGUUUAAAAUUUGCGGCAAAACAAGGGAAUUUGUCGAGGUGACCAAAACUUGGAACUACACAAAUUGCGAGCACCUGGCCCAAUCAAAUUACGGCGUGCCUAACAUAAAAAAUUGCGUCCCUGGUGGAAAUCAGUGCGGAAAUCUUUGGAAACGCUCGUCUUUGACAAGGGUGGUCGGUUGUGGUGACAAACGUGACAUGAUUCGUUUAAACACCGUGUCCAGCUCGAAGAUUUUGUCUUCGCUCAGACUUCAGCCCGAGGACGACGAUAAAUCUCGCCCGAACAGUCAAGCCACUGUCGGCUCCUAUCUGAACUUGACCUUAGUGUCCGUGCAGCCCUACUCUGUGGACAAACGAAUUCUACCUCCUAAGAACCCUGUCGCGUUGGAAGGCAUUAAAUACCAGUAUGAUUUUGAUUUUGCUGCAGAUGACCAGCAGCCGAAUCCGAGGAAAACUCGUUCUAUCAAGCGCAAGAAGAAGCACCCGAGCCGUCCUGCGGAGGACACCACCGAUUCCCAAGAGGACGAUCAGGACAAAAACAGCGAACCAUCGAGCAACAAAUCUGAGGAAAAACAGCAGAAAAAGAAAGGAAAAGAUUCAAAGAAGAAAACUACCACAACUACCGAAUCGCCGGAGAGUCAGAGUCUUGAAUGGAGCACUUUCAGAACACCCACUUCUGAAGAAUCGACGGAGGAUGUUCAAAAAAAGUCUAAAAAAUCCAAGAGACCCAAGCAUGAUUCCAGCUCUAGCGAUGAGAACAAUGAUGACAACGACGAAAACUCAAACAUGGAUCAACCCCCAGUUCUACCCUUUUCACCCUUCGCUGUCGCUCACCAGGACGACAAGGCGCGCGCCUGUUUGGUACAGCAGUUCAAGGAAGUGGUCCAGGAGGUCACAAGAGCUCUUGGACCCCAAUCCUCCGAGUUGGAGAAUAUUGAGAACAUUCAAUUGACCGUCCAGAUGUGCCGCAGUAUGACUUACACCGAUUUGAGCACGGCCGUUAACACGGUCAUUGAGGACAGGAGCGACAAGAUCGCGCUUGAGACCAAAAGGAAAAUUCUCCGAGACAUUGUUCUCAUGUGUGGAACAAACCCGUCAUUCCUCUUGAUCAAAAAUUGGAUCGAAACCGGAGUGUACACGGGCGAGGAGGCUGCACAAAUUAUUGCGGCUAUUCCCUCGUAUCUUCUGAAGCCGAGCCCAAAAUUGCUGCAGAAAUUCUUUGAAAUGAUCCGCAGUGAUCUUGGUUCGCAUGAGGAAAAGGUCAAAAUUGCAGCUGUUAUCGCCUUCUCGCAUCUUCUAAGAGCCACGUGUACCCAACAACAAAACAAGCUUUCCCACGACUCCAUGUGCAAGCCACAAGUUUCAACCUAUCUGAGUUUCCUCAACGAAAAGGCGAAAACUGCCAAAAACCUAAAAACCGUUUACAUUACUGCUAUUGGAAACACUGGAUUGCCGGAGGCUCUUCAACUUCUUGCCUCCUUUGCCAGAGACAUCAAAGCGUCAACCUACCAGAGAGCUACCGCAAUCGUCGCAAUGAGACACUUGUCUGCCACUAACCCUCAGGAAACGAGCAGGGCACUUUUGAAAAUUUUCCACACGACCACCAACCCCAACAGCGUUCGUGUUGCCGCCGUCUCUAUGUUGCUCUACUCGCAAAUUCCUCUCAGCACUUGGCAGAGAAUCGCGAUCAGCACCUGGUACGAUCCCAGCAUGUCUGUGAAUACUUACAUCUACAGUUCCCUGCGAAGCAUUGCAACGAUUAAGGACCCAGUGUACAAAACUAUGGCUGAAAACGCCGCAGCUGUUUUGCCCCUGGCUAAGACGAUCCCACUUGGCCCCUACCGCCCUUACAACUUUAUUCGCGCCUCUGUCGCUAAAGAUUUGACUGAGAUUGUUUCCGAGCAACUCAGCUGGAAUCUGGAUCCUAUGGCGUCAAACUUUUACUACAGAGAUAUUUACAGAAUUUCUGGAGUUUCAAAACUGCACUUUGAGUCUGAUUUAUGGCUGGCCGAUUUAGACGGGAUGCUGACCCUGAUCAAAAAACAUUUGUACCAAGAAAAGAAAGAUUAUUCGGACGUCCGCCCAGCAAUUCCCAAUCUGCCCACUUCGACUCAUUGGAUUCGGUCGGCUCUCAAUAUUGCUGAAAGAACUCUGCCUAAAAUUGAGGGCCACUUUUCUUUCAAAUUGGGAAGUGUGCACCAGCGUUUCUUCCCUAUUGACGAUAAAAGCGCAGGCCAAAUACUAGACGCUGCUAAGAAAUACAUCGACGAAUACAAAUUUGGCCAAGAAAUGUUGUACCAGAAAAAUGGGCACAGCACUUUUUGGAUUUCAACGGUGACUGAAAUUGGAUUCCCCGCCGAGUUUAAAAUUGAUAUUCCCUGGAUGCUCCGCGUCAAGAGUCUCACCAAUUCGUACCAAAGUCGAGGAGUUUUCGCCACUCAGAUUAAGGCGAUUUUCUCUACUAAAAUGAGCUCCGAGCUAAGCGUUUUCACUCCCAACAACGCCAUUCGCUAUGUGGCAGGCACCACUUCAUUCACCACCGUUCAAAUUCCUGAAAUGAACGUGGCCAUUCAAAAACUGCCCGGCCUUAGAAUGAAUAUCAGUCUGGUUCCAAUGUACCCUGAGCCAGAAGCGUUGCUCUUCGCCCAAAAGUCGACUCCGUAUACCGCCCAACAGGAUAUGCUCAAUCUUGCCCCUUUCAGCUCCAUUCAUGGAUUGGCUAAGAUCGAAAUUGCUCCCGAGUUGAAGAGCAAACCUGUGGCCGGAAACACCGACAGCUUCAGGCUCGAGUACUCGAGCGAGGCUCCUAAUCACAGAUGGGCCCCCGAGCCCCACUGGUUCUUGAGUUACCCUUCCCUGUGGCGCGGGCUCGAAUCUUCGGAGCUGAAGAUUUGGGCGAAUAGACCCUCACCAGUCUCGGCUGUAUUUUCGAUGCGUCAAGCUAAAUUGGAAAAUGGUGAAAUCACUUUCCUCAACUCAACUAUUGGCAAACCUUCUCGCUCCCGCACAACUGAACCUACCUCCACCGAGGCCGCUCCAACCACCGAAUACAUGACCACCCCUAGCACUGUAUACACAACCAGCACCAGUUGGUCAAACAGCACUACCACCGAAGCCAAUCUGUCUGAAUCUGACGAGCAGAUGCAGCCUGAAAAUUACACAAAAAUGGAAAGGCUGGACAGGAUUAAACUACGAAUCUUGUCAGCCAAUGUUGAUGACCCCAUUGGAAGUUUCAAUGCCUCCCAAAUCAAUUUGUUCCAGCAAGGGAACUUCUCGACUAGGCAAGAAUACUUGCUGACCAAUAUCUUGAGCGCCAUGGAGAGUGGUCAGGCGACCGUCUUUAGUGCCUCGUUCGCAGUAAAUCACUCCGAUGUGCCACAGUACCAGACUUUCUUUACUGUGGGUCAUGGCCGCGCACAAGAAUAUCACCGCAUGGGUGCGUUCUAUAUCGACGACGUUGAAAAAUAUCAAGCAGCUAUUUCUGGCGUUCUUUCCACACCCAGGGUGCCCCUUUUGAAACUGAAAAGCAUGCUUGAGGCAAAAAUCAACUCCACCGUGAUGGCCGAUUUAAGAAUCAACAACGACAACAAUAUUGACGACAUUAUUUCCUUGAAGGGUAUCGUUACUCGAACCGAAGACCAGAAAAAUUACAUUUACAACCACACCAACAGCCGCGAGUGCCUCAAGUCUGGCUCUCUGGUUCAACCCGAGUGCUACCGCCUGUUGCAAAAGGCCGCUUUCCUCGACCGAUAUAAUCUUUCGAUUUCCUACAACGAAGGGGCAAGAAGACACGGUUUGUCGGCCCAGCAUUAUCUGACCCUCGCCAAGCACAUUCUCUUCCCGCACAUGUUGGGCGAGGAAUAUUCGCCCGACGUCAUUUUGGCCGACGCCGCCGAGAAGCAAAUCAAGGUAAUCGCCGAGGUGCACCCCGAGUCGCAAUCGGCGUCUCUCUGGAUGCGAACUCCCACCGAAGAAAUCGAGUACAACAGCAUUCCUAUCAACUCUCUACUCCAUCACACCAUGAGAAUUAACCCUGUGAUGGGCCUUGCUUCAAGACUCCAAGAUGCAUCCUACUGCAGUAUGGAGCAGAGGAAGUUUGUCACCUACGACAGGUCAAGGUUUGACUACAAACUGACCAACAGUUGGCAUGUAUUGACCAAGGAUUGCUCUGGCCGCUCGAGAUUUGCUAUGAUCGCUCGCAAUAUCACAAACCACACUGAGCUCCUUGUGAACGUUGACAACUACAAAAUAAUCCACUUUAUGCCUGGCUCGGUCUUGGUCGACGGAAUCAGGGUUGAUUUGAACAAGGCCCAAGUGGCUGAAAAUUACGAUCUGGCUGGAAAUCAAAUCGUCGAACUCACUUACACCAGCGAGAGGGCUUUCAAACUGCGCCUCCCUGCCCACGGCCUCACUGUUAUCUACGACCCCUCUGCCAUUCUUAUCCAGCCCUCUGCUCUCCUCCGUGGCCGUCUUUGUGGAAUUUGCGGAAACUACAACGGACAGAUGGAGGACGAUUUCAGCGUCCCAAGUGGCGCGAUCAAGCAGGACGCAAACGAUUUUGCUAAAUCGUGGGCGCUGCAGCUCCGUUGAGUGCCACCAAACUUACACGGAAACAUCGCCUAUCUUCCGCCUCUGAUUUUAAUCCAAAUUGCUCCAAAAAUAGAGCAUUGAUUAUUGUUUUCUACCUCUUUAUUGUAGAUGAUUAGAUGAUAUUUUUAAAUGAAAUUUAAAAUUUAGAAAGUAAGCAUUAAAAAAUUUGUUUUGUUUUCUUCAAAUUUUAAACUGUUUGCACUAGAUUUUGCCAUUUGAAUUUUAUUGUUCAUAAAUAUUUUAAUAAAUCCCUGCAUGUUUUUAAAAUAUUAUAUGAUCGUUAAAUAGUGUGUGGAGAAAAUGAUUCAGAAUUAUAAACGUUUUCCAAAAGUGUUGUUACUUAUUGUGCUAAUAAAAUUAAAAUGUGUUACUUCUUUUUUGAAUUAAAUUAAACAACUUUUCUAAAAUUAAAAAAUUAAGAAUGAAAUUAAUAUUUAUUUCUCUACGCGAGGAUAUCUGUCAAAUUUUGUGUUUUUGACUGAAAUUGGUCACUGAAUAUAGGCGGUGUUCUCUGUUUACUGAUAAGAACUAACAAUAAAUGUGGGUUGAAUUCUCAA